AUGGGUAUAACCAUUAGACCGUUACUAUUUCUUUUAAAAGUGGAAAAGGCUGAUCUUGAUUAUGAAGCAAUGAUGGUCGAGAAGGUUUACAACAAAUACUUUGAUUACACAAUGGCUGGAAUUGAGGAUAUUAUUGGGCAAAGAGGACGACACUUCUUUAGAGAUUCUUUUGAGAGAUUCAAUGCAAAGCUUAUUAAGCCUUUACUAAUGAGGCAUGUUAAACGCAAAGCUUUCGAUGCUAGUGACAUCGUUAGGGCUUAUAAUAAAAUUACUCUAACCGAGGCUGUUAAAAUUGCUCAGGUUGGAAGGAAAAUGACCAAGCAAGCAAGUAAACCGCAUAGUCAGUCAAUAGCUUCAGCUUAUAUGGAAACAAUUAAUGGGAGCACAAUUUCAAGGAGUAAUACAAUGAAGAGAGAGAUUGAUCAGUAUAUGGCCAGUCAAGACAACAUGGAAGCACUGUAUACAAUGUUCUCGCGCUUGUUGGACAGAAAGGUUGAUGAACUUAAAAGGAUACAGUCUGAAGGGAGUGAAAGGAGGGAAAAUAAUGAUGAUAUUAAGGAUGAUUACAUGGAUAUUUUAAUAACGAAAGUUCAACUAAAUCAACAGCAACCUUCAAUAUCAGUAAUAAAUACCGCUAGAAGGUCAAAUCGUGGUAUUACUGAUAAUAAUCGUAACAUCAAUGUGAGAAACGUAAGACUUUAAAAUUUUUGGAUCAUAGAAAUCCUACGUCUUCUGGAUUAUUUUCAUAAGAAUCUUUCCUUAGAUGUUCUUAUAGAUCGCAUCUGUCCCUAAAUAUCCUUAUGAACGCCCUUUUGUUCCUUAUGUACUUAUGAAAGCCCCCAUGUAUUUUUUAGUCCUUAUACCCUUAAGUGGCCUUAUAAAGUCUUUCUUGUCUUAGAUUCCUUACAAGUCUUAUUGCCCUUAUAUGUAUGUCCUUUGACAGCCCUUAUAUUUGUGUC